GGUGUGGCUCAGUCUGGCCGUGAAAGUUGAUCGAAUCGCGCACGUUUUGCUGGUUCUCGCGAACAUUUUGGUUGUGCAAUUCUGGUGCUUUGAUUUUUUUUUUGGAUUGUUGUUUGUGUAUAGGCGGAACUCUUGCUAUUUUGUUUUCUUGCUUUGCUAAAUCGCGUCGCCCAUAUUGUUGUUUAGUUGUGAUCAAUCAGUCAGUUCCAAGUAGAUUAGCGGACUCUAGUCACUGCAUUUAUGGUGCCAAGUUUUUUGAUACUGUGUUCAUUUCAAGUGUUGUAACUUCAGUGAUUAAGCGGUUUUGCGAUUUGCUGUUUUUUUUUGCGGGCGUACUUGUUGCUUUUGUUUGAGUAGCGGCACACUUAUUGGUGGAGAAUGGCUCAUCCAGCAUCCAGAGCCGAGAACGGCCAUCACAACGGCACCAACGGCGGGCACGAUCCCCACGAGAGCUUGGACGGAGAGGAAACUCUGGCCAUUAUCCGUCGGAAUUUAAAAUCGAGCGCCAUGGACGACGAAGGAACGCACUUCGAUUCGAACUUUCCGCACGUUUUCGUCGUGUUCGGUGCUUCCGGAGAUUUGGCAAAAAAGAAGAUCUACCCCACACUUUGGUGGCUGUAUCGGGACGGUCUGCUCCCGUCAGUAACCAGAUUCUUCGGAUAUGCGCGAAGCAAACUCAGCGUUUCACAGUUACGUGAAAAGUGCCAUCCUUAUAUGAAGGUUGAGCCAGAUCAACAGGAGCGAUACGAACAAUUUUGGGCCGAAAAUUUCUACGUUGCCGGAAGCUAUGAUGGUCGCCGAGACUUUGAACUGUUGAACCAGGAGAUUUCCAAAUUUGAAACGGGACGGGUCGCAAAUCGUCUGUUCUAUCUGGCCUUACCACCGUCUGUGUUCGAACCAGUUACGGUUCACAUUCGAAACACCUGUAUGGGAUCGAAGGGUUGGAAUCGAAUCAUCGUCGAGAAGCCGUUCGGUCGCGAUGCCGAAAGUUCAAACAAAUUAAGCGAUCAUUUGGCUAAAUUGUUCACAGAAGAACAGCUGUACCGAAUUGAUCACUACCUAGGCAAGGAGAUGGUUCAGAAUCUGAUGACGAUUCGUUUUGGGAAUCAAAUUUUCAGUCCCACGUGGAAUCGUAACAACGUGGCGUCGGUUUUGAUCACUUUCAAGGAACCUUUCGGAACUCAGGGUCGUGGAGGAUACUUUGACGAUUUUGGCAUCAUUCGCGAUGUGAUGCAAAAUCAUUUGUUGCAGAUUUUAUCUCUCGUUGCCAUGGAGAAGCCGGCUACCUGCCACCCGGAUGAUAUCCGUAACGAAAAGGUGAAGGUUUUGAAGAGCAUCGAGCAGCUAACCAUUGACGAUGUGGUGUUGGGACAGUACGUUGCCAAUCCGAAUGGCCAAGAUGAAGAUUCCCGUAUGGGAUACCUGGAUGAUCCAACUGUUCCGAAAGGUUCAGUAACACCCACAUUUGCCUUAGCGGUACUUAAGAUCAACAAUGAGCGAUGGGAUGGUGUUCCGUUUAUUCUGAGAUGCGGAAAGGCUUUGAACGAGCGUAAGGCAGAAGUCAGAGUUCAGUAUCAGGAUGUUCCGGGAGAUAUUUUCGAUGGUAAACCCAAACGUAAUGAACUGGUGAUUCGAGUUCAGCCAGGUGAAGCUCUCUACGUAAAAAUGAUGACAAAAUCUCCUGGAAUUACUUUCGAUAUGGAAGAAACAGAGCUAGACCUCACAUACGGUCAUCGGUACAAGGACGUAAAACUUCCGGACGCUUACGAGCGACUUAUUCUUGAUGUGUUCUGUGGCUCACAAAUGCAUUUCGUUCGAUCUGAUGAACUGUUUGAGGCUUGGCGUAUUUUUACUCCUAUUUUACAUUUCAUUGAACGCGAACGACCAGAGCCGAUCAAGUACCUGUAUGGAUCACGUGGUCCUAAGGAGGCCGACAAAAAAUGUGACGACAAUAACUUCAAAUACUAUGGCUCGUACAAGUGGCAUAAGAAACAUUAAUCGACAACUCGCCAGUUAUACUUCUUCGAUUCACAACUGAGUUCAUCAUUGUUUUCUUUUAUACUACCAUUGUAUUUGGAUCUUUUUAGCAGGAGUUCAUGUAUUUAUUUUCCCAUUCAAUUUCGUACAUUGUUAUACGUUUAUUACUAGGACGUCUGAGGCGUGGAAUUCUCAACCCUUGAAGGGAACGGAGUUUUUUUUUUAUUAUCGAUAAUACUGUUUGUUAUAAAAAGUCUGCUUUGUGAAUUGGUGGAAAAUGUGUUUAAUCAUAGUUGUACAAAAUUUCCAUUUCCAAAUAAAACCAUUCCUUUUUAUACGUUA